CAUCUCAGCGUCAAUUGUUUGAGUUUCUCGUUUGCUAGCAGGUCUUAUCACUCGCUAAAUUUUAAAAAAUUUCGUCAUGCAAAUCUUUGUGAAAACCUUAACCGGCAAGACUAUCACACUUGAAGUUGAACCUAGCGACACCAUCGAAAAUGUGAAGACGAAAAUUCAAGAUAAAGAAGGAAUCCCACCAGACCAACAACGUUUGAUUUUCGCCGGAAAACAACUUGAAGAUGGCCGAACCCUUUCUGACUACAAUAUCCAGAAAGAAUCUACGCUUCAUCUUGUCCUUCGUCUUCGAGGUGGUAUGCAGAUCUUUGUCAAAACCUUGACCGGCAAAACUAUCACCCUUGAAGUUGAACCUAGCGAUACCAUUGAAAAUGUGAAGACAAAAAUUCAAGACAAGGAAGGAAUCCCACCAGACCAACAACGAUUAAUCUUCGCAGGAAAACAACUAGAAGAUGGCCGAACCCUUUCUGACUACAAUAUUCAGAAAGAAUCGACCCUCCAUCUUGUCCUUCGUCUCCGAGGUGGUAUGCAGAUUUUCGUUAAGACGCUGACGGGAAAAACAAUCACUCUUGAAGUUGAACCUAGCGACACAAUUGAAAAUGUAAAAACCAAGAUCCAAGACAAGGAAGGAAUCCCACCAGACCAACAACGACUGAUUUUCGCUGGGAAGCAACUAGAAGAUGGCCGAACCCUUUCCGACUACAAUAUCCAGAAAGAAUCCACCCUCCAUCUUGUUCUUCGUCUUCGAGGCGGUAUGCAGAUCUUUGUGAAAACCUUAACUGGCAAAACUAUCACACUUGAAGUUGAACCAAGCGACACAAUUGAAAAUGUGAAAACAAAAAUCCAAGACAAGGAAGGAAUCCCACCCGAUCAACAACGUUUGAUUUUCGCCGGGAAACAACUAGAAGAUGGCCGAACCCUUUCUGACUAUAAUAUCCAAAAGGAAUCGACCCUCCAUCUUGUCCUCCGUCUUCGAGGUGGUAUGCAGAUUUUUGUCAAAACCUUAACCGGCAAGACUAUCACUCUUGAAGUUGAACCUAGCGACACCAUUGAAAAUGUGAAGACGAAAAUUCAAGAUAAAGAAGGAAUCCCACCCGAUCAACAACGUUUGAUUUUCGCCGGAAAACAACUAGAAGAUGGCCGAACCCUUUCUGACUACAAUAUCCAAAAGGAAUCGACUCUACAUCUUGUCCUUCGUCUUCGAGGUGGUAUGCAAAUCUUUGUGAAAACCUUAACCGGCAAAACUAUCACUUUAGAAGUUGAACCCAGUGACACAAUUGAAAAUGUGAAGACCAAGAUUCAAGAUAAAGAAGGAAUCCCACCAGAUCAACAACGACUGAUCUUUGCAGGAAAGCAACUUGAAGAUGGCCGUACUCUUUCUGACUACAAUAUCCAGAAAGAAUCAACUCUUCAUCUUGUUCUUCGUCUUCGUGGUGGAUAUUAGAAAUAAUUCUAAGAAACUUUAAUAACCUCAUAUUGAAAUGACUGUAAAACACUUGGAUAUUAAUGUUGUAUUUGGUGUAUAUCAAUAGAAAAAUGUGUAUUUCUGUUAAAUAAAGUUCUUUUUUGGCAUUAAAAUUACUGCAAAUAUA